AUGGGCGACAUAACCCCAGCAGCGACAACAACAACAACAACAACAAACGCACACCCCCAACCCCCACCACCACCACCCCCCAAGAAACCCCUCUCCAUCGCCAUAAUCGGCGGCGGCAUAGCCGGCCUAGCCCUCGCAAUCGGCCUCCAAAACCACGGCCACGCCGACACCAAAAUCUACGAAGCCGCGCCCGCAUUCGGCGAAAUCGGCGCGGGCAUCGCCUUCGGGCCCAACGCGAUGCGCGCCUGCAGCCUCAUCGACGGGCGAAUCCUCGCGGGCUUCAAAAAGGGCGCUACAUGCAACGUCAGUCCGGAGCGCUACGAUACCUUUCUGUCGUAUGUGUAUGCGCAGGAUUCGCGGAGCGGGGAUGGGCGCAAGGCGGGCGAGUUGAUUGUGCAUGCGCGGCGCGAGGGCCAGGGCGGGUGUUGGACGGGAGCGCAGGCGCGGUGUGGUGUGCAUAGGCGGUAUGCGCUUGGGGUGCUGGUCGGCUUGCUGCCGGCUGGGACGGCGGUGUUUGGGAAGCAGCUUGUUGGUAUUGAGGAGUCUGGCUGUGAUGACGACGAUGAUGAUGAUGAUGGCGGCGGGAGGAUGAUUCUCAGGUUCGCGGACGGGAGCACGGCGUCUGCGGAUGCGGUUGUUGGGUGCGAUGGGAUCAAGAGUCGGACCCGUGAGAUCCUGCACCCGGGGAAGAUCAGGGCGCAGUUUUCGGGCGAGUAUGGCUAUCGUGCGCUCCUGCCGCGGGAGGAGGCGGUGUCGAUUCUCGGUGCGGAUUUUGCGCUCAAUGGGAUGCUGUAUUGUGGGUAUAAUAUCGGGAUGAUCACGUAUCCGGUCGAGAACCAUGCUCUUGUCAAUGCGUUCGCCGUGUGUCGCGGGGAGUGGACGAGUGAGACUAACAUGGCGCCCUGCUCGAAGGCACAGAUGCUCGCUGACUUUACCACCACUGACGGCGAUGAUGAUGGGGUUGAUAAAGGGGGCCUCGACGCCCGGCUCGUGAAAAUGCUGCACGCCUUCCCCGACAGCAGCAGAUGGGGCAUCUUCGACGUCCCGCACAACGAACCAUACUACCGCAACCGGAUCUGCAUCCUCGGCGACGCCGCACAUGCCGCCACGCCGAACCUAGGUGCCGGCGCCGGCAUGGCUAUUGAAGACGCGCUUGUGCUGAGUCGGCUGCUGGGGCGAAUUGAGCAUAAGUCGCAGAUUGAGGAUGCGUUUCGGGCGUAUGAUGCCGUCAGGCGGCCGCGUACGCAGAAGGUUGUGUGGGAGAGUCGUCGCGCGGGGCUGGCGAAUGAGUUUUUGAUGGAGGGGGUGGGGGAUAAUUUUGAGGAGCUGGAGAGGGAGUUGAAUGAGCGGUAUCAGUGGAUAUGGGACGUUGAUUUGGAGGGCAUGGUGGAUGAGGCGCUUGGGUUGCUUGAACGCGGGUGGAAAGGGGAGGGGUGGUCGGAUGUAUAG